CUCUGGUUAUCCUGUUUCAUUAUGAGAAAGAUAAUCUACCAAAAAUAAAAAUGCCAGAAGGAGCCAGAUGUCUUUGAUCCACGCAGACCUUUUCCACUUAGCGCUUUCAUUCUCUACUGCCGACAACUGAAGCUAGCUUCUUUACUUUCUUUUAUACUUGAUGUUGUUUUGUUUUUCAUGGUUGUCAGUGAACAGGCAAAUGGAGGAAUGAGCCAACUUAGAAUUACUCCUUCAACUCACAGCUCUGUUUCGUCUCAACUCUUGAGGCUUUGCAUCUUUUUACUGCUUAGCCUUCCUGACUCAAAAGGAAAAGCCAUUUGGACAGCUCACCUGAAUAUAACGUUUCAGGUGGGAAAUCGGAUUAUAUCAGAAUUAGGAGAGAGUGGAGUGUUCGGGAAUCACUCUCUCUUGGAAAGGGUGUCUGGUGUGGCGGUGCUUCCGGAAGGAUGGAAUCAGAAUGCUUGUAACCCUAUGACCAACUUCAGCAGACCCAAGCGAGCGGACUCUUGGCUUGCCCUCAUUGAGCGAGGAGGCUGUACUUUUACACACAAAAUCAACUUGGCAGCAGAGAAGGGAGCAAAUGGGGUGAUCAUCUACAACUAUCCGGGUACGGGCAACAAAGUGUUUCCCAUGUCUCACCAGGGAACAGAAAACAUAGUCGCGGUGAUGAUAGGCAAUUUGAAAGGCAUGGAACUCCUGCAGCUGAUCCAGAAGGGAGUCUAUGUGACGAUCAUCAUCGAAGUGGGCAGAAUGCACAUGCCAUGGCUGAGCCAUUACAUCAUGUCUCUCUUUACCUUCCUGGCUGCCACCGUGGCCUAUCUUUUUCUGUACUGUGCCUGGAGACCUCAAGUGCCCAAUUCUUCCACCAGGAGGCGAAGGCAGAUAAAGGCGGAUGUGAAGAAAGCCAUCGGUCAGCUUCAACUGCGAGUGCUCAAAGAAGGGGAUAAGGAACUAGAUCCAAAUGAAGACAAUUGUGUCAUUUGCUUUGACAUAUACAAACCUCAAGAUGUAGUACGUAUUCUCACUUGCAAACAUUUCUUCCAUAAGGCAUGCAUCGACCCCUGGCUUUUAGCCCAUAGGACGUGCCCCAUGUGCAAGUGUGACAUUCUGAAAACCUGAGAAACCCAGAGCAUCUCCUAAAGAUGUAAACAAGUCUUUCCAAAGAUUCCAAUUAAGGCAAAUUCUCUUUUAGCACUUUAUGUAGAGAGAAAAUUCACCUGCAGCUUCUCUAUUCAAGUACUAAAGAGGGUGAAAUUUGUGUGUUUUUAAAAUAAAACUCCAUUAUCAUGUCCAGCUAUUUGAA